AUGUCCUUCCUACCAAACACAAUGAAGAAAGACCCCCCUACGCCUCGUCCGAAUACUCCCCCUCACCGGAAACUACCCGCUCGGAAACCCCUCAGAUCGAUCCUCAAACCGUCUCCCCAACCGCAACCCAAGUUCAACUUCAAGCGGGAUAUCCUCAGCCCGUUCAGCAACAAGUUGGGCUAUGCGGCACUCGAGGAAAGCCCACUAGGCGCCGUCGUCGGCGCAGGCGGGAGCAGUGUCGGUCAGGGUGUCCAAGCCGCUGCUGGUUGGGUCGGAAACGCCUGGAAACGUCUGGGUGCUGCUGCUGCUGCUCCGACUAGCACGAGUGCUGCCUCCAUUCCCGCCGAAAAACCAAGGUCCGCCGCAGAGGACCACAAUCAGCUUCACCAGACAACAGCGCCUCUUCAAUCAAAUCCAAAUCAUCCAACCCAUCCCACAACCGACCUACUGGCCGAUCAGCAAACUAUCAGCUCACCACCCUCAUCAACUCAAGCUCUAUCCCCCAACUCAAGAUUUAACCAUCUACCUAUCUCGUCAAGCACCGAACCGUCCCACAAUCUCAAUCAAACCAACGCCCUCGCCCCUCCUCUCCACCCUCCUCUUCCAGCCGGAACCAACCUCCAACUGAGUGUCUCCUCUCUCAAAAAAGUGCACUUCAUCAUGUCCGAUCUCAAAAUUGUCUAUCCGAUCAGUAACACUCAGCCCCCAUCCUUCGAUCAGCUCAACAGACUCAGGAUCAAUCAAGCCCGUAAACUGCUUCUGGCCAAUCGCACCUCGGCCCACCAUCACCCCCCCAGCUCCCCUACGAACCAUCAAACCGAUCAGCCCAUCGGCCCAGCUCCUACCGUCAACGGCUGGACGGCGCGGAGUUUAGAACUGUUUUAUGAUGAAUGUUGUCGAACUCGAGAAGAAGGAUGGGGAAUAAUGAAGGUUCGAGAGAUCAUCAAACAAGCAGCCCCCCUACCACCCAAGUUGCUCGAUCUAACCGGGAUCCCUCUGGACCGAGUCGGAGCGGCCGAAGUUCUGGGUGAUCUACUCAGUGUUGACUUUGGAUUGAAAUCACUCGUCCUCUCCAACUGCAGCCUCGAAGACCAUUGUCUCAAGCCGAUCUUACAUGGCUUACUCGUCAGUGGUAGUCUACCCUCGAUCAGCUUUGCUCAUAAUCCUAAGCUUCGAGCUAAAGGCUGGAAAUUGAUCGCUGUAUUUAUCAAAAAAGCAAAGGCGCUACGCAAUAUAGACAUAUCUGGCAAUUCGCUCGACCGACGAUCGGUAGAGUACCUCGUACAGGCUUUAGCUGGGAAUGUUCGUAAGGAUCACUCGGAUGCGACCGUUUCACCAAACUCGACGAACUUCAAGCCUUUGAAUCCCAACGCUCCCCUCCUUACUCAGACGAGCCUCAAGUCACAUUCUAUCUCCAGAUUGACGAGCGCCUCUAGCAUUUCACCUACAUCUCUCUCCUUCGACCCACCCGAGUCUACGAUCCCUCCCACCCAAGAUGAAGACGAAUGGGCUUCAUUAUUUCCAUCUGCACCACUCCUUCGAGAAGACCAUUCCCCGGCUCUGCAAGCCCUCUCUGCCAUCUCAAAUUGGUCAUCUUCCGAUUCCUCAAACCUCGUCUCUCUCCGUCUAGACCACUGCAACCUAAAAAACAAUCAGCUAGACAAUUUAGCACACGCCAUUCGUCUAUCAAAGCUCAAGCACGUCUCGUUCCGAAAUAACCGAAUCUUCAAUCUUGGUGCAGUAUCUUUGGCGGUGAUGAUCAAAGAUUGGCCGACUCAGACUGAAUCAACCUUCAGUGAUGGUAUGGGUGGCAAGGCAGAUUCAACCACGGACCAUGCUUCAGACCAGCCAGGGAAUGCUGGCAACGAAUCCUCAGACCUAUCCUCCCCUCAAGUUCCCGCACCGUUUGUAAGUUUAAACUCAGUUACCGCUCGACAAAGUGAUCUACUGGCACAGCGACAGACGCAAGGACAAAUAACACGUUCGCCACCGGUAAAUGAGCUGACCUCAGAUAAACAGUCCUCAUACCAAACGGAAGAGCUGAGUCAGUCGGAGCUGGCUCAGACAAAUUCGAAUAGAAAUCUAUCCGCAUUGGUAAAAGACGAGAUGAAGAAGGCGCAUGAGCAAAGAUUCAAGAUCAAGUCCAAGAUCGAUCAACUCCCAACGGUCGGCCAAUUAUUGACUUUAGACGUCAAAUCUAACGACUUGAGAAGCGCAGACGUCUUCUAUUUGGCUCAGGUACUUAAGAAAAAUCGGACUCUGAAAGUACUCAACUUGGCAGAGAAUCGCAUUGACCCCACCGGAUUGGUCCAUUUGGCAGAUGCACUUCGAUAUAACACUUGUUUAGAGACGCUUGAUCUCAGUCGCAAUCCAUGUUGUGGUCCCAACCUAGAAGGCAUUCUAGCCCUGCGAACGACCUGCACGAUCAAUAGCUCCUUAAAGCGGAUAUAUCUGUCGCAAACCGAAUUGAGUUCCCAAGGCUCUAUUGCAAUCGCGGAAUUUCUGCCCGAGAUGAAGAAUCUUAUCCACCUCGAUCUCACCGAGAAUCAUGGAAUCGACAUAGCUGGCGUGAUGGCGCUAGCUGUUUCCGCGAAGAUGAACACCAGCAUAAGGUGCUUGGACAUUAACAUCCCGCCAAACGACCCUGAUUUCGCGCAUCUUUCUCAAGAAAUAUUGCAAUCCUGUGUGCGCAAUACCGAGCUAGCCCAGGAAAUGGCCUACCAACGCGGGACUCAAACCACGAUAGCACAGCCGAUGCUAAAGUCCACUGUGGUCAAAGCACUCGCCAAUCAACAACAACAGCAACAACAACACCCUAUCAAGCCUGUUGGGAUCAAGCAACAGUCUACUAAUCUGGCUUCCGGCAGGACGCCCAAGAAUUCCAACGUCAUCAGUCGUGCUGAGACAGUUAAGAAGAUUUUGGCCUCGACAGAAGAAACUUGCAAAGUCCUACGGGACUUGAUCUCCGAAGACGAACAACGAAAGCUUAGGAUGAUCCAAGAAGAGCGGAAGAUCCCGAUGAUAGUGGAAUGUAGUGAGCUCGUCAAAGAGUUACUAGACCAAGUCAAGGCUGGCCAGUUCCAGAUAAAGGAGGCCCUCGGGAGCCUCAUGAUGGAUGAAGCGUUGAAGUCUCAUGCCCAGUCCGUUCACGCACAAGCUGUGUAUGUUUGUCAAUAUGCCGAGGCGGUUCAUAAAGAGCCAAAUACAAUAAGUACCGGCUCCCUCAGCUCCACUCCACUCUCCUCCGACUCUCAAGUACCCUCGCCGGCAUCCAACGUUUCCAGAAGCUCCGAGUCCCGAAGUCCCGGGUUCGGUGUUGAAAAAGAAGAUCCAGACUCGGAAGAAGAAGAGACUACUCAGCGGUCAGGUUCAACUUCAAAGACUGGAAGCAUCUCAUCCGAACCCCCCGGGACUCAAUCUAUCUCUCGACCAGAUAGCCAGAGCUUCCGAAGCCCUAAUUCUGUGGUAUCAAACCAACCCUUCGGGGUAUCGCCGUCUCCGCCGCACGUACCUCCAACUACCGGCACGAAAGGAGCCCGACAGCGAACCGAAGUGGCGAUCGAUAGUGGCCAGAGGAGUCAUGAUAGUCUUCUACUUGAUCCUUCAUCCUCAGCCAGUGUUCCCCCUCGAUCGCCUGUUGAGAGCCAUAGCAGAUCGCUGACGAUUGAGGAGGGAGAAGUCUUUAGGAAGGGCAGUGUUUUGGGCACGGUGACCCGAGAUGACGAUGAGGAGGUUCCGGGAGAAGUCUUAAAAGAAAGCAUCUUGGUGGCGCAAGUAGAACGAACCAGGAGGAAUAGUCUCAGUCAUGAGGACCAAGCUGAUACGCCCCUGCUUGUGGGAGAACAAGACCAGGAGACCCGGGAGCAAACAGAAUCGGAUGAUGAGGAUGACGACCAUAAUGAAACUGACGAACAGGGGCUACCGGCAAAGCCCAUCAACGAGAUUUUAAACUAG